GAUUUUGCUGCUCGUCGGAUGCUGCCUGAAUUGCUGUGCUCUUCCAGCACCACUGAUCCAGAACCUGCUCACUGUUUGAGCCAAGAUCAUUCAUUCCCCCUCCCCCUUUCUCGGUCAAUGAAUGAAUGAAUGAAUGAAUGAAUGAAGUGCUGCCGCCGCCAGCGCCGGGUGCCUCGUGUCUCCCCAUUGUGACGAUUGCGAUCAGGUGACCGGUAGUGCUCGCGGAGACGGCUCGUGGGGGUGUUUCCAUGGAAGCGGUGGAGUGGGUCGUUGGAGUUCGGCGGCAAUGGUGUCCGGGGCUGGUGUCCCUCCCCUGGGCCUUGCUCUGGUUCAGCCUCAGCGCCAGCCCGCGCCUCGGAGCCGCCGUCUACGUCCUGGACGACGAAGGAGGCCUGGGCCCGCAGUUUGACGGCAUCGGCGGCCUGAGCGGCGGCGGGGCAACCUCCCGGCUUCUUGUGAACUACCCAGAGCCAUAUCGCAGCCAAAUCUUGGACUAUUUAUUCAAGCCAAACUUUGGUGCUUCCCUGCAUAUCUUAAAGGUGGAGAUUGGUGGUGAUGCCCAAACGACAGAUGGGACUGAGCCAUCACACAUGCACGAUGAGAACGAUGAAAAUUACUCACGAGGAUAUGAGUGGUGGCUAAUGAAAGAAGCUAAAAAGAGGAAUCCUAAUAUUAAAUUAAUAGGGUUACCUUGGGCCUUUCCUGGUUGGAUUGGCUGUGGAACCAACUGGCCUUAUACCUGCCCAGACAAAACGGCCUAUUAUGUUGCUUCAUGGAUUCAUGGUGCCAAAUCCUAUCAUAAUUUGGAUAUUGAUUAUGUUGGGAUUUGGAACGAGAGAACAUUUAACACAAAGUACAUUGAGCUGCUGAGAUACACCAUGGACAAAAUGGGUCUAGAGCAGGUGAAAAUCAUAGCCAGCGAUAAUCUUUGGGAACCAAUAUCUUGGUCUGUGCUUCAAGAUACUGAACUAUGUGAUGUGGUCGACAUUAUUGGAGCCCAUUAUCCUGGAACAUUGUCAAGCAGUAAUGCCAGGAAGACUGGAAAGAAGCUAUGGUCAUCUGAAGACUACAGUACUGUUAAUGAUAAUGUUGGAGGAGGUUGCUGGGCUCGUAUACUUAACCAGAAUUUUGUCAAUGGCAAUAUGACUUCUACAAUUGCAUGGAACCUGGUGGCAAGUUACUAUAAAGAGUUACCAUUCGGGCAGGAUGGACUGAUGACUGCAGAUGAACCAUGGAGUGGGCACUAUGACGUGCAGUCACCUAUUUGGGUUACAGCACACACCACACAGUUCACUCAGCCUGGAUGGCACUACCUGAAGACUGUUGGUCACUUGCAGAAGGGUGGCAGUUAUGUGGCUCUUACUGAUGGGAAGGGAAACCUCACCAUUAUCAUAGAAACAAUGACCCAUGAUCAUUCAAUGUGUAUCAGGCCACCACUACCACCUUACGAUGUCCAUCAGCAAAAUGUGACUUUUAAGUUGCAAGGAUCAUUUCCCAUUAAUGGAUCAUUUUCACUACAAUUGGAGCUGGAUGAAAUAUUCACUAUAACCACCAUCAGCACAGGAAAUCGAGGCAGCUUCCCUGAACCACCACCCUCUACAUCAUUUCCCAGAGUAUAUAAGGACAACUUUAAUGUUGAGAGCCCACCAUUCAGUGAAGCACCUAAUUUUGCUGACCAGACUGGAGUGUUUGAGUACUUCAUAAACUACCAAGAUCCUGGUGACCAUGUGUAUACCCUACGCCAGGUCAUAACUCAGCGACCUAUAACUUGGGGAAAUGAUGCUGACCAAACAAUUAGUGUUAUUGGUAACUACAAUUGGAGAAACCUGAAUAUAACUUGUGAUGUACUCAUUGAGACUGCCAACACUGGAGGUGUAUUUAUUGCUGGAAGGGUAAACAAAGGGGGUGAAGUUGUUCGACAUGCUGAAGGCUUAUUCUAUUGGGUCUUUGCAGAUGGGAAUUACAAAGUCACAAAUGACCUCCCUGGUAAAAUUGUGUUGGCUUCAGGCAAGUCAGGUACACGUGCAGGAAAAUGGCAUACCCUCACUCUGAGCAUUCAGGACAAUUUAGCAUUCGGACUGUUGAAUGGCUAUCCUCUAUGGAAGAACGUUCGUAUAUUUCAACCACAGAAUGGCUGGGCAGCUAUUGGAACACAUGAAUUUGAACUGGCUCAGUUUGAUAAUUUCCACAUUCAGGCUAGUUAACCAUCUAUGAAUCCAUCUCUACAAAUCUUAAAAUUUAUGUUAAGAUUGCUGCAUUUGUAUGAAUAAUGUGUAGUGUGUUCUUUUGCUAUUUUGCAGUUAAAUAUUGGAGAGAGUAAACUAAAUUUAACAGGAUAUUUGAGUAUUUAAUUAAACCCCACCUUCAUUGAAACAUGCAGAAUUAAAAGCUUAAUAUAUCAAUAUUGUACCAAUGCUGAUAAAUUGUGCAGAGCAAGUGCUGUUGUAACUAAUAUAAUUCAACUUGAAACUGUAUAUUUCAACCAAAGGUGAUUCUAUGUUUUAUGCAAAUAUCAGCUAAAGUAUGUAUUGAGAUUGAACUACUUCAGAAUGAAUGGUAUUGUCUAGCAACUUUAUCCAGUUUGUAGAUGAAAUUGGCAAUUCACUUCUUCACUUUUUUUAUAUUAAAAUCUUAAUCUUUCUUUUCAAUUCAUUUUUAAAUAAGACCUUCUGGAUUUCUAACUUUGUUUUUCUAAUGUAAGCAUUGCCUACUCAUACUCAAUAUUAAAGACUGAUCCUCCGGUUGCGCUUUUAAAGCUGAUUGUCCUUUAACCAAUAAAAAUAUCUUAAUCUAA